AUGUUAAUCGAUCAAGUUGGUGCAGGGUGUAACCUACUGGGUAGCCUAUGUGAUGAACAAAAGUCAAUUAAUGGAUCAUGUUUAUCACAAAAAAAAUAUCGUUUUCAAUGUUCAACAAAGGAGUCAACUUGUCUAAUGGUCAAUAGUGUUGGCAAUUCUGUUUCUGAUUGUACUAAUGGACUAAAUGAGUAUACAAGUGGCGAAGAUUCAUUAUUAAGUAAUAUGAAUUGUUAUAAACGAUUUGAUUUUAGUUGUAGGAGACUUAAAAAUUAUAUUGAAAUGUUUUCUUUAACCGAAACGUCCAACUACACUAACAUUUCUACCACUGCAAAUUAUGUGAAUAUUAAUCAAAUGGCGUUUGAUUUCUAUUAUGAUACAUUUUUCGAUUCAGACAGAAAAGGUGAUGAAAUGAAUGAGCUUUGUCAAGACAGGCUCUGUGAUAAAGAUCAUUUUCAAUGUCCAACGGGACAGUGUAUUCAAUUCAAAUGGGUUUGUGAUGGAACUCAAUAUCCAUGCCUGCUGGCCAAUGUCUCAAAUGCACUCAACUUUGAUUUGUAUCCUCCUUGUAUUAAUUUAACGCAAAUUGGUGAUGGACGAAUUGACUGUAUUGGUCGCCAAGAUGAAACCGUUCUUCAAAACUGUCGAUCGCCGGAUGUAGAGAUUGGUUUCUAUUGUGGGAAUAGUGCAAAUAAUUACUGUGUUAGUCCAGAACGCUUAUGUGAAGAGAAUAUUAAAUGUAACAAUAGCGACCUGGAUAAAAUAUGCUACUAUAGAAAACUAAAGUACACAAGCAAAUGUUUAGAAGGACACCGUUAUAAUGGUGAUUGUCUAGAAUAUGCUCGUUGUUAUGGUGAAAGAGAAUGGCCGACAGAAUGCCUACAUUUAGAAGUCGAUUAUUGGUGUGGUGAUUUUCCACAGCAGCCGACGGAUUACCGACAAUGA